CCAGCAUCCGCUCAGAGAGAGGGGGAGUGGGAGCAGUGCGGGACAAUACGAAGCUGUUUGAGGAAGGGACCACAUUUAUUUCCCGUUUCCACUCUAAAUUUUUACCACAGCCUGUGUGGUUCAGGCAGUGCGACUGUAAUGUUCAAACAAGGCGGGGCUGACCCUCUUGUCUCAUUUUGGACGGACCACAAGUAGGAUAGCGCAGACACCGAGGAGUGCUGCUGCUGCUUCUGUUGUUGUUUUAGGAUAUAAGAGACAUGAAUUCGGCCGAACAAACGGUAACGUGGCUCAUAACGCUGGGGGUCCUGGAGUCUCCCAAGAAAAGCAUCUCGGAUCCAGAGGCUUUCCUCCAGUCGUCUCUGCAGGAUGGAGCGGUGUUGUGCAGGCUGCUGGAGCGACUCAGACCCGGGACGGUGGACAAAUUCUUCCAAGAACCGAGGAGCGACAGCGAGUGUCAGAGGAACAUAACAGAGUAUAUUAAAGGCUGCGGGGCUUUCGGUGUGGAGUCUUUUGAGGUCAAUGACCUCCUGCAGGCACUGAACUUCUCCAAGGUCCUAAACUCCUUAGUUGCUCUUAACAAAGCUACUGAAGAUUUAGGUGUUUCUGGGGACUGUGUGUGUGUACCGCACUCCGCAACAUUGAGGAUCAAGUCAUUUGACUCUCUGAACACUCAGAGUCGCUCUUCUAAACUGCUGCAGCCUCAGUACCGCAGCCUGGACAUGUCAGAGGGCAGUGGGUGUGGCCACGUGCUGGUCAAGGCACGCUUUCCCUUCCAGCAGACCAAUGAGGACGAACUCUCAUUCUCCAAGGGCGACAUCAUCAGCGUGAGCCGGCAGGAGGAGGGGGGCUGGUGGGAAGGCUCGAUCAACGGCAGGUCUGGGUGGUUCCCCAGUAACUAUGUACGGGAGCUAAAAGGAAGCGACAAGACAUCAGACAAGCAAAAGUCUGGGACACUGAAAAGCCCCCCCAAAGGUUUUGACACCACUAUCAUCAGUAAGACCUACUACAAUGUGGUCCUACAAAACAUCCUGGAAGCAGAGAGUGAAUAUUCGAGGGAGCUACAGAGUCUCCUGGGCUCAUACCUGCGCUCACUUCACCCCACAGACAGACUCAGCAGUGUUGACAUCAGUCAAAUUCAGGGGAAUCUGGAGGAGAUCUCAAUCUUCCAGCAGAUGUUGGUUCAGUCCUUGGAGGAGCAUACAAAACUUCCAGAGAACCAGCAGAGGAUCGGCGGGUUCUUCCUGAAUCUGAUGCCCCAGAUAAAGAUAAUCUAUGUGGCCUACUGCUCCAACCACCCGUCUGCUGUCAACGUACUCACACAACACAGUGAGGAACUGGGGCAGUACAUGGAGUCAAAAGGGGCGUCCGCUCCAGGGAUUCUGACUCUGACCACUAGUCUGAGUAAACCCUUCACCAGACUGGAGAGAUACCCAACGCUGCUGAAAGAACUGGACAGACACAUAGAGGACCAACAUCCUGACAGAGCUGAUCUCAACACUUGCAUAAUCACCUUUAAAAACUUUGCAGCUCACUGUCAGGAGGUGAGGAAGAAGAAGGACCUGGAGUUGCAGAUUUUAACAGAGCCAAUCAGAAACUGGGAGGGGGAUGACAUCAGAACCCUCGGCCCUGUUCUCCACAUGUCCCAGGCCAAAAUCCACACGCAGCACUGCCAGGAGUCAAAUGAACGCUACCUUGUCCUCUUCCCUCACACUCUGCUUGUGCUGUCUGCCAGCAUGAGGAUGAGUGGAUUCAUCUAUCAGGGGAGGAUGCCACUGUCAGGAAUGCUCAUCUCCAGAAUAGAAGACGGAGACAACCUGAGGAAUGCUUUUGAAAUAUCCGGUGGCCAGUGUGAGCGGAUGCAGGUGGCGUGUAACAGUCAGCGCGACCUACAGGACUGGCUGGACCUUCUCACCAAACACACACACUCGCACAAGCCUCAGUCCGUCUGUCACACAUUGCCCUCUCACCCCGCCACUCCCUCCAGACACUCAGAGUCUCGUGGAGGGAGCAUUGGAAACACCUACCACACCCUUCCCCAUCCCUCUUCAUUUGAGACAGCCCACAACAGCAGCCCAAUGUGGGGACCCCUCGAGCCACCGAGUACCCCCAAACCCUGGAGCCUGAGCUGCCUACGCCCUGCGCCUCCACUCCGGCCCUCAGCUGCUCUCUGCCAGAAAGAGGAUCUGAGUAAGAGUCCUAAGAACAUGAAGAAACUGCUGCCUAAGAGGAAGCCAGAGAGGAAACCUUCAGAGGAGGACUUCACGGUAAGAAAAAGUACAGCAGCUCUGGAGGAGGAUGCUCAGAUACUGAAAGUGAUUGAGGCCUACUGUACCAGCGCCAAGACACGACAGACUCUGAACUCCACCUGGCAAGGGACUGACCUCAUGCACAACCACGUGCUCGCCGACACCAGCCUCACCAUCGCUGGUUGCUCCGGCAACCUGCCUUGUUCUGACCAGUCAGAGGACUCGGAUUAUGACAGUAUCUGGACCGCCCAUAGUUACAGGACUGCCUCAUUUUCUCGCUCGAGCAGGAAGGACGUACACAUGUUGUUCCCAGAGGAGGAGAAGAUUAUAGUGGAGGAGACCAGGAGCAACGGACAAACUGUAGUGGAGGAGAGGAGUCUGGUGGACACUGUGUACAGUCUGAAAGAUGAGGUCCAGGAACUCAAACAGGACAACAAGCGGAUGAAGAGGACGCUGGAGGAGGAGCAGCGAGCAAGGAAAGAACUGGAGAGGAUUGUCCGGAGAGUUCUGAAGAACAUGAAUGACCCAACCUGGGACGAGACCAACCUCUGAGAUCAAUAUGCAUCUGAUCAUCAUGGACAAGACCAACCUCUGACUUUUAAAUGAUCAAAUGAUGAACAAGUGUGGACCAAGAGAAAAUGCCUGCCAGCCAUCAACAAAGCCAUCCCAACUGACCGUAAAGCUGUGAAGCCAAAUUAGCUGGUAGGCAUGACUUCCUGUCAAGUUCCUUUACACUUUCAAACAGCCCUGUUUGGAGUGCUGACAAACAAAUCAAAUUUCCCUUAUUUACUUGCGUGUUUAUCUUUUAUUGCGCUUUGUGCUUAUAUGCAUUAAUUAUAAAAUGUAACCGCUGCAAGGACAGUAUUUUAUUCACUUGCCUGGUGCACGAAUAAGAACGCAGUGUGGGUUUAUAUAUUUCAGAAAUGUUAGAGCAGUAUGUGAAUGAAAUUCCUCAAUGAAACUUGAAAUACAAUUUUUUUUUUUCCAUUAGCAGCUAUUUUGUUUAAAUUUCUAAUGUUAAAUCUUAUUAUUAUGAAAGACAGCUUUAAAAUUCUAGGUUAUUGAUUCACAGUCCAACUAUCUAUACAGUUGGUUUAUUUGUUAUAUCAAAUACAAAGUGUAAUCGGGCACUCAGUCACUGCAUUUUAAGCUAAACCUAAAUUUACCAGCACUUAUAAGUGACCUGUGUGUUUUUCAGGAUGAGAUGGAAGUUCUCAGUGUGGUGUAAAAAUUACUGCAGCUAUGUCAAACAUCUGACAGACCACCAUAUUUUAUGGAUCUACUGCAUUGCUUUAUUGGAUAUGUACAUUUCUGGCCAGUGAUUAUUUUGAUUAUUUUUUAAGAAUAUAAUAAUUUUUGUGUGUCAGUAAGUUGUUCUUCUACUUCUGCAUACAAAUGGUUGUUUGGAGGCUAAACCUAAAAAUAAACUGACUUUUGACAACGAUCUGCUUUAGUUAACAGAAGACUAGAUGAUAGUAUGUGAGCCUAUCAAAUUGUAAACAUCUCAAAAAUCUGUAUUUAUUGGAAAAUUGUCUUGUUAUUAAAGUGAAGCUGGAGGGAGAUUUUCUCAGGAAUUAAUGUGACCAUCAGGGAGUUUAAGCUUUCAGCUCCAGAUUAACAUCUAUUAUUUCAUUUCAUUUCUUAUAUUUAAAAAGCUAUAGGAAACUUGAUGUAGGAUCAUGUUACUUUCAAAUGUGAUGUACUGUGCAAAGCAUUUGAAGAUACAAAAUCAGAUACAAAUAAAAUCAAGAACAACGUGGAAAUAAUGCAAAUGACCUCAAACAUACGCACCACAACGAAUCCAUGUGACUUAGGCUGCCAUGGCUGCAUGCAAACAUGGCAGCACAGAAAUCUCACAGGCAUUCACUGGAUGUUUGAGCCAAAUGAGGUUUUAAAGACAAGAACUUAAAACAAUACAGAGCAGCAAGUUCAUCCCAACUAGAAACAAAAUCGUGCUAAACACUGACAGAGUAUGGACACACUACAUGUGUGGAAUGAGCUUAUAUAUCAUUUCCACCAGAAGAUCAACUCCAUAAAUGACAAAACAAGGACUGUAUUCCACUGCAAGCAUUUGGAAUUGGUAGAAACAGAGAGGCCAAUAAGCUGUUUAAUCAUUACACAUGUCUGCCAACAGCCACAUAAAAUAUGUGUAGAUAAACAGUAUUGCUGCCAAGUCACAAUUCAUUUGGAAAAAGCGUGUCUUGCAGAAUUAAAAAAAAUUCUAACAGUUCCUGCACUGCCUCGUGGACUAAACCUAGUUUACCAGCUAAUUUGAUAUCCUGUUCUGCUGAAAUUCACAAAAUAUCCUUUUCAUUUGUAAUAAAGCUCCUUAGAAGUUUCAUGUUGAAAAAUCAGGCUAAAUGUACAUAUUUCACUUGUAAUACUGCUUUUGUUCAACAUUUUUAACUUGUUCUAACCUUGUGGACCUACUGUCACCACUUUCUGCUCCAGCUUUCAAUAUUAUGAUUGUCAGAAGGAGAAACAAUAAGUGUUUAAGCGGAGAGAUACAAUCAAAUACAUAAAAUAAAUAUCUUCAUGUUUUGAAGCCAGGCAUAAUACGGUAUAUACAUACUGUGAUAUAAAAGUAAUACAAACUCCUAAUGUAACAGCCCAGAAUGGAGAAACAAUAAUGUAAAAACAUAAUGUGAUCAUAUAACAAUAUGGACACCAAAUAGCAUUUUGAGUUUAUAUUACAUUUUUAAUACAAUAUGCAUGGUCGUCGCACUGUCAGAAGCAGGCAGAGGAAGUGAUUGCAGGUCUUUAGAAACCAGUUUGGUUGAUUAAACACUUUGAAAUGUCUGAACAAUUAAACUGAAAUGAUACUGAGACAUUGGUUUGUAUAGGAAAAUAGUGCAUGGCUGUUCAUUUUUAGUUUGUCUUAACUUGCUGCCCUUUCUGUUUCAAGACCAAAGUCCAAGCAAUACAAACACUGGGAAAUGCUUUUUUUUUUAUGAUUUUUACUAUGUCAAUAUGCAACCUACUGUAGAAUGAUUUCUUAUUUUUAUAUUUGUGAUUGUGGUUUUAGUCUUAUGAUUGUGGUUUUGAUUUGUAACACUACUUGUUUUCUACUUGACCUGGUUGAUCACACUAAAGAUUUGUACAGAACAGCAGCAUAUUUCUCAUGAACCAGAGGAGACGUGCUGUGGGGAGAAGAAUAAUCUUUGUUAAAGUUAUUAAAAACUUCACCUGCAGAUGAAAUAUUACUGAAAUCAGAAACCACACUCAUGAUGUAAGCCAUGCAAUACAGUAUGCCAAUUACUGUUUCUAACUUAUGUAUUUAACUGAAAGUGACUGAUGUAAAUGUGAUGUGUGUUACAAUGUUAUGGUGAUGAAGGUGAUAAUAGUAGUUACUCUGAUAUGAAUUGUCCCCCCUCUAUUUAUUUCACCCAUUUGUCUGUGAAUAAAAUGUUGAAUCAAACACU